UGUGCUCUUCCAAUCUUUAAAGCGUUAAAAUGUCGCCUUACGCUCUGUGCUUUUUUAUCUUCGGAUCUUUUCUAAUCAGUCAAUCCCAGGGGGCAAAUAUUCUGGCCAUUUUUAGUUGCCCCAGUCCCUCUCACUUGAUUAUCGAAAUGUCAAUGGCCAAAGUGUUAGCCGAGAACGGACACAAUGUGACAGUGGUUACAACACUUAAGCCGCAUGUUACCCAUAAAAAUAUCAAGGUCAUACUGAUCGCGCUCACUGUGGAGGAGCAACAAUCCUGGACUAACACAAUUACCAGCCUCACCCAAACGGACAACACCGAUUUCGUUGCAGCUAUGUUUCGCGGGCGCAGUCUAUUUAAACAGAUGUUUGAAAAGAAUCGCGAUGUUAUGAAGGAUCCACGCGUCAAGAAUCUUUACGAGAACAAGGAUAACAAGUUUGAUUUGGUUAUGAUCGGAUACUUCUUGAACAACUUUCAGAUCGGAAUAGCCCAGAAGCUGAAAGUUCCCGUGGUAGUAGCAACUUCAAUGUUUCAGUGGGAUAUGUUCAACAGCAUGCUAGGCAAUCCGACUGAGGUCUCAUAUGUUCCGUCUAUGGGCAUGCAAUUUGAGAAGGACGGCAAAAUAAGCUUUAUUCAACGUCUUUCAAACUUUGUAUCAUCUUCUUUUCUAAGAAUAUUUGUUUACCUUAUAGAACAGGAUAAUGCAGAGAUAUACGAUGAACUCUAUGGAGACGAUCCCACAAUGCCAGAAUAUGAAGAAAUCAACAAAAAUGUUUCUCUCGUUUUGUUCAAUUCGUAUGCCAUCAGCGAAGGUCCCAUAAGACCCAAUGUGCCCGGAGUAAUAGAAGUCGGAGGGAUUCAAGUCAAGGAAAAACCGGACAAGUUGCCAAAGGAGAUUAAUGAGUUCCUAACUAAUGCGACAGAUGGUGCUAUACUUUUAAGUUUGGGAUCCAAUAUUCAAGGCUCCUUCCUAAAUCCCGAAACUGUUCAAAAGAUGUUUACAGUGCUGUCUUCACUUAAGCAAAGAGUUAUUUGGAAAUGGGAAGAUCUUAAUAAUACUCCGGGCAAGUCUGCGAAUAUACUCUUCUCCAAAUGGGUACCACAGGAUGAUAUUCUGGCUCAUCCCAAUGUUAUACUCUUCAUAAAUCACGCUGGAAGAGGUGGAAUAACAGAGUCCCAAUAUCAUGGAAAACCCAUGCUGUCACUUCCAGUAUUUGGAGAUCAACCCGGAAAUGCUGAUAAAAUGGUGUAUGAAGGAUUUGGCCUCAGUAUGAGUCUGCUGACACUGGAGGAGAAACCUUUUCGUGAUAACAUUUUGGAAAUCAUCGAAAACCCCAAAUACACUCAGAAAGUGAGAGACUUUUCCAAAUUAUUCCGAGAUCGCCCAUUGACUGCCCGUCAGACUGUACUCUACUGGACAGAGUAUGUCCUCCGUCAUCAUGGAGCACCCCAUCUGCAGAGUCCUCUAUUGCACAUGAACUUUAUAGCAGCUAAUAAUUUGGAUAUUUAUGCAGUGCUAUUAUGUGCUCUAAUUGCAGUUUUGUUCAUAAAUAAGCUGAUUGUACAGUGUAUCUGUAGAAAGCUUGCAGGUAGCAAAAAGAAGGGAACUACAGCUAAGAAAAACAACAAAUUAAAAAAAAAUGAAUGAUUAAUAAAUCAUUUUUAUAAAAUUUGA